AUGCCAAUAACUGAGAAAGAGUGUUCUUCAUUUAAAACAUCAGCUGCUUCAAACAUGGAUACUACACAACAAAGUCAAAAAGAUGUAUCAAAAGUAUUCAGUAUAUUGCGAGCUAAAUUAAAUGCUAAAGAAAAAGAAUUACUUGAAUUACAACGAGCUGAACCAUGUUUAUUAGCACCUGAUUGUGAACAGAUAGAUAGAUUAAUUAAUGGAAUAUCUUCUCUUCAUUUAUCAACACAAGAAGGUUCAUUUAUAUUUGCUUCGAAAUCUCUUUCUGAUAGUUCUUCAUCAACAAAGGUAUGUUCAACUGGUGUUGAUUCAAUAAAAACUUUACCAACAAAUGUUUGGUUAUCGGAAUCAAAUCAUAUUAAACAUAAACAAGAAGAUAAAAAUAAAUAUCGUUUACCUAUGGUUACUCAUCUUUUUUCAUUACCUGUUAAUGCAUUCAUAGCUUCAUCAUCAAAUAAUUAUAAAUUACCAUUAUUUGAAACAACAGUUCAACAAGAAGAUGAACCAUCAAAUCGUCUUCCCAUAGUUAGUCAAUUACUUUCAAUGCCUAUAAAUGCUUUCAAAUCAUCAUCAAAUAUUCAACCAAUGAAUGAAUCUCAAUAUGUCAAAAUAAAUGAUACAAAUAAAACAGUAAAUAAUGAUAAAAAUAUAUUAACAACAACAGAAGUACCAAAGAGUAUUUUUAAUACAGAAACAAUUUAUUCAAAAGAACAUUGGCUUCAAAAACCAUCAUCAGUUGAAUCGGAAUCGGAAUCUGUUCCUUUAGAUUUAGAUACAUAUAUUCAACAGACAACUGAGAAAAUGCGUCGUCUUCAUAUGGAAUAUGUUCAAGCACUUGAGAAAUUAAAAACACCAACAAAUCCAGUAGAUUCGACAAAAACACUUAAAUCUAUAUAUCCACAAAUAUUUGAUCGAAUUCAACAAGAUAUACCUACUAAGAAACAUAUUUUUCUUCCUCCCUCAAAUAAAUAA